AUGUCGACUCGCCAGCCCGACCCGUACGCCCUGCUCGAAGACUCCUUCACCCGCUCCCCGCCGCCGCCCGCGCGCAAGCACCUCUCGCGCCGCAGCGACAGCUAUCGCCAAUAUCUCCCCGCCGCCGCUCCGCUCCAGCUCCCGCAGACCGACUCGCCCUCGGACAAUGACACCGACUCGCCCGUGAGCAGCCAGCAGUCGACGCCUCUUGCAUCGCCGCGCAUCCUGGGCGCUGCAGACAACAGCCUGCCGCCCACGCCGCCCACCAUCUCGCGCCAAGACUACACGGCCACGUCGCGCGACCCUCUGCCGGACCGCGGCAGCUUCGUAGGCUCCAUGGCCUCCCAAAAGUCGGCGCUGAGCACCCCCGUCACUGCGCGCAGUCCGCCCACGCCCGACCCCAGCCCACCGCGCACCGCCCGCUCCAGCAGCACCGCCCGCUCUAACAACCACCUGGCCGUCGACCGCCCGCCCCUGUUUCCCUACCCCUCGUCGAGGGCCGAGUCCUUUACAACCGCGCGCGAGGACUUGUCUUCUGAGCCCAGCAUCAGCCGCUCAGCCACCCCGCUCGUGGACCGGCUGGGCACUGUCGACGAAGACCGAGGACUGGGCCUGGCCUUUGAGCAGAACGACGACGACGACGACGACGACGACGUCACGCCAGUUGAGAGGCCACGCCAGUUUUACUCAAGCCCUGGCAUCGAACAGCCCGGCCUCUAUGACGCUGAUACCAUGGCAGGCGCUGGAGAGGACAGGGCGCUCCCUGCCGUAGGACAACUGCCAGAUGGAGACUGGAACACAGAACGGAUGCGAAAUGUAACCGUUCGCAGGAAACGCAAACCCGAUUCGUCACCACAACAUCCUCCGGAACCUAUCGACACAAUGGCAGGCGCAGCCUCGCCAACCACAAGCACAAGGUCGUGUCGCAGCUCUGGCCUGCGCGAACGCGUCGAGGCCAGCAGCAGCAGCAGUCCGUGCAGCCCUUCCAUCGAAACCUCUGCGCAAUCCAUCGGCUGGCCUGCUGAGGGGCAUCGCACGCCCGAGGAACACCAUCACGACAACAAACACAAGCGCAUGUCCACGGCUUCGGUGGCUUCGACGGUGAUAGCGGCCGUGGUCAUCACAACACCCCCGCAACGACAACGCACCCUUCGCCAUUCCGGUAGGAACAUGGCUCUGAGAAACGACUCGGGCUCUCCUCUGGGUCGAGCGCCAACGUCUCACUCGAACCGUAAUUCAACGCUGUUCGACGACGUGCCCUUGCACAAACUGGUGCACAAAAAGGCCACUCUUGCAGAAAGGAGCAAACGCUUUAGCACCGACUCAGAGACGCUGGGAACCCUGGGCUCGGUGGGCACUGCGCGUAAUGCUUCGCCUUUCUCAGUGCGCAGCAGCCGGACCAUUGACAGCUCUGCAUACACACUUGCCCACCAGGAGUCCGUCCGCAACGUUCUGCAGCCUGCAGCUGAUAUCCUCAGCAGAUCGAACUUGCAGGCACGGCCGGACAGGAACUCUCACAUGCGCAUAUCCUCAGCGCCAGAACCCGCAAGCCAUGCGACCAUGCCUGCCAGGUCGAGUGGUUUCGUGCGAGUGUCUCCUCAGAGUCCGCAACGGGCGGCCGAGUACGCCGUUCGUUCCCCUGCAAUGUCACCGCGGCUUCCAUACACAUCGCCUGCGCUGGUGGACAAGGGUCAUCGACGAGUCGUGUCAGACACCAGUCGUCCCGGAGACCUCAACAAGCCGUUACCUCGCAAUCCCAUGGACCACGUCCUUGAAACUGCGCAGCGCAGGCUUAGUGUGUACGACAAUGACACCGAGGACAAGGCUCCCCCGCCUGCCCUUCUUGACCGGGUGCGACUGCUUGUUGCGGAACGUGAAGCUGAAGACGAAGUCAUGCCCACACCGACGAUGGAUCAGAUGUCGCCUGUACCCCAACAGUCUGCGCCAUCGCCUAACCAGUUGUCGUCGCCUAAUCAAUCGUCACCACCUAGCCGAUUGUCACCCAUCGGGCGCGGAGGCUCACGGUCACGUGGAAAGUCAGAAGAGCGGCGACGCAGCGCUCAGAGUCAGGAUCGUACCUCGCCUUUCCAAGACUCAAGCGUCCGCCACAGCUUCGACCGAACGUCGCCGGAAGACUUUUCCCGUCGCAGCUACGAUUGGCAAAGAAAAACGCCCGAAGAGCAUCGUCGCAUCAGCUUCGAUAGGUCGACCGGAAGGACAGAGGAGCACGCAAACGCCCGACACCUCUACUCACAAUCGACACCGUUCUCGCAGUUCUCCGACACACCCAUUGAGGUCAGCGAAGCCACUGCAGUAAGCAUCUAUCCUCACAACAACGAUUCGCUGCUCGUAGUACAACAGCCUUCUCGUGUGAACUCGAUGAUGCCUGAGCCUAAGCAACUGACCGACGGAGCCUACUUCGACCCCCAGGACGAUGUCGAACUGCGUCAAGAACUGCUGCGGACCCCUACGCCACCAUUCGUGGAUGCUAUUGAAGAGAGUCACCAGUCGCCUGAGGUUGCAGUCCAGCCGACACUUACACUCGAGCCAUCUACGCCCCCCAUGCAGAUUGACCUACCUCAGCCUAAUGGUGUCGACUCGCCAUUGGAGAAUCCCCGCUCUGCUCCCGAGCCUCCCAAGAUCAUGUUCAUACCCCCGACCCCUGCAGAGGAGCUCGAGCGCCCACUCGAAGUCGGGCCGCCUGGCCCACCCAAACAUUCAGACGCGCACCCACAGCGCCGUCUCUCCCUAGUCCAGCGUGCGCGCCGCUACUCGGACAACUUCAUUUCGCCCUUCUUGGCUCGAGCAUCAAGCAACCGCGGUCGUUACUACAGUGACUCGCAUUCCCAGUCCCAAUCCUCUCACCGCAACCCAGACGUCCCUUCGGUGAACGAAGAGGAUGGCACUCUCCAUCCAUUCUGGAGGCCACGCGGAUUCUGGGACGGCUUCGAGGACAGCGACUCAGACGACGAAGACAACGUUCUGCCGUCUGGGGGGGAUACAAGCGACGUCGAAGAUCCGGAGCCCGAGUCGUACCCAAGGAGGAAUAACACGCUGCGCAAGAGGCUGACAAGCGGGUUCCAAGGCUCGGGAGGUUUCCUGAUCGGCAACUCACUUGGCGUCCAAAGGCACGGCACUAACCGAAGGCGCCACCACAUUGCCCUGCCACCUCACUUCCUUUCCAGCCCAAAAACGUCACAACAUACAUCAUCCCCUACACAGCCGCUUCGGCCCCAGAGUAGUGGAGUCCGUAAAAGCGGGUCGAGGUCGAGUCUCCGCUCCUCUGCCUCCUUCGAGCAGGCCCCGAGACGCCAGUCUUGGCGCAAAGGCAAAAGCAUACCUGGCCUCAAAGGCUACCAAGUCCAGUAUAUUGGAGUGAGCGGUAUCAAGGACCGUCUUAAGGAGCGUACAGCGGAGAAGAGAAGAGACAAAAUCCGUAAGAGCAUCGGGUCACGGUACUACGUGGAGCCGAAUGUUCCAAUGAGUACCCACUGA